AUGUCAACAUCAAAUUCUACAUCAGAGUCAAAUGAUUCAGGCUUUCAAGGAUUAAUGAAAUCCCUAAAUUUAGAUCCAAAUCAGUACAAAGUAUACGAUAAAUCAGAAUUCCCGCAUAAGACUUUCCAAGAGUUAUCACAAAUCAAGACAAAUAUAGAAUCACAAUUGAAGAACUUGUUCGAUUUAUUGAAAUACCAACAUAAUGUAGAUAUGGACUCACCACUCGUGACAAAAGAUGGGUUCCCAAGAUCUGACAUUGAUGUUGUUAGUAUUAGACUAAUACGUACUCAUAUUAUUAGGUUGAAAAAUGACUAUAAGAAUUUACUUGAAGUGUUGGAACUGAAGAUGGAAGAAGAGUUUGCGAGAUUGAAAAAAGAAGCUGAAAAGUGA